GGGAGGUUUGCAACAGUGAAGCCAGUGUGUUAUUGAGUAAGAAACGGGGCCACUUCUUGGAGUAUCAUCCCUGAUCAGACCAUUUCCUCCUGAAGCAUGAACUUUUUCCCGUGGAAGGGGCUUUGUUUUCUUUUCAUGACACUUCCAGUGGCUUCUGGUUUGUAAAGGCACCGCUUUAACUCCCGGCAGCAGCUUGGACUUUGUGACAUUUUUUUUAAAGUUGGGUUCGGCAGUGGUGGACUCUCUGUGUGUUUUGUUUCAUGGGCAUCACAACAUCGUGUUGUUCCUUUGUACAGCCCUGGAUUUACCCCAGCCCCCCGAUCUGCGUCCGGAGCUGCCACCCCUCCGAAUAUUUUUGCUGACCUUUUGUGCGCGCGUGUUUCGGGCGAUGUGAUCCCAGAUUGUAUUCGCCGAAGAGAUGGUUUUGUGGUGAGAAACCGAAAAACGCUCCGUUUCCCGUCUUGGUGAUGUUCAUAAUCUGAAAAUUACCACUGACGUUUAUUUCAUUUCUUCCCACGACUCUUCAGAAAGUCACUGGAGACAUCGGUGCGCGCGUGUGAGAAAUUUAUUUUAAUUUCCGAAGCAGUGGGAGAGUAUUGAGGGGAGAGGAACAACAUCCAAGGAUGUAUCCACAAGGCAGGCAUCCCGCCCCUCAUCAACCAGGGCAGCCAUUUAAGUUUACAGUGGUGGAGACAUGUGAUCGCAUCAAGGAGGAAUUUCAGUUCUUGCAGGCGCAGUAUCACAGUCUGAAGCUGGAAUGUGAGAAACUGGCCAGCGAAAAGACAGAAAUGCAACGGCACUACGUCAUGGUAUGUACUCAAUACUAUGAAAUGUCCUAUGGCCUGAACAUUGAAAUGCACAAACAGGCAGAAAUUGUGAAGAGACUGAGCACAAUUUGUGCACAAAUUAUACCUUUCCUUUCUCAAGAGCAUCAACAACAGGUAGUGCAGGCAAUAGAGCGUGCCAAGCAAGUCACCAUGGCUGAACUGAAUGCCAUCAUUGGGAAUCCUCACUUACAGCAGCAGCAGCUCCAGCACCUGUCUCACCACGCACCCCCGAUUCCAUUAACUCCACAUCCAUCAGGACUGCAGGCUGCGGGAAUCCCUUCCAUCAGCGGUGGCUCAGGGCUCCUCACCCUUUCCAGUGCCCUCGGAGUUCAUGCCCAUCUCGCAAUGAAAGAGGAUAAGAAUCACCUGGACAUGGACCAUCACAGAGACCGAGACCGUGACCCCAGUCGGAGUAAAUCAGUCUCUCCCUCUGACAGUGUGCGAGCUGAAGACAAGCACAGAGGCUCCCUUGACUACAGUACCACUGAUGGCAAGAAGAGAAAAUGUGAUGACAAAGACUCGGUGGGACAUUAUGACAGUGAUGGCGAUAAGAGUGAUGAUAACUUGGUCGUGGAUGUUUCAAAUGAGGAUCCAUCAUCUCCACAAGGCAGCCCACCCCACUCUCCCCGUGGAAAUGGCCUGGAUAAGUUUCACCUUUUGAGGAAGGAUGCUCCGAGCAGCCCUGCAUCCCUGGCUUCUUCCCGCAGCACGCCACCCUCCAAAUCCAAAGAGGCCGGCCUGAAUGAGAAGGCUACCACUCCGGUAUCUAAAUCCAUCACCCCAACCCCCCGUAGUGACUCGUUGACCCCUGGCCCAAGUUCUGCAUCCAGACUACGACAGAUCUCAAGCAAACCCUCCGUGGAUGCACUGGGUCUGAGGAGUCCACUGACUGUACCAGGCCCCUACUCCACCCCAUUCGGGAUGAUGGCACAUGCUGGAAUAAACGGGGAGUUACCCAGCCCAGGGGCCUACGCAAGUCUCCACAUCUCGCCGCAAAUGAGCACUGCGGCAGUGUACGGCCGCUCCCCGAUGGUUGCCUUUGAGUCACAUCCUCAUAUGCGUGCUUCAGGACUUCCUCCCAGCCUGCCCACGAUCCCUGGGGGAAAACCAGCCUACUCCUUCCACGUCAGCGCUGACAGUCAGAUGCAGCCUGUCCCAUUCCCUCACGAUGCUUUGGUUGGACCAGGGAUACCCCGGCACGCUCGGCAGAUCAACAACCUGAAUCACGGUGAGGUGGUGUGUGCCGUUACCGUCAGCAACCCCAUGAGGCAUGUCUACACAGGGGGGAAAGGGUGCGUGAAGGUGUGGGACAUCAGCCAACCUGGAAGCAAGAGUCCCGUCUCUCAGCUCGACUGUCUGAACCGAGACAACUACAUUCGCUCCUGCAAACUUCUCCCUGACGGCCGUACUCUGAUAGUUGGUGGAGAGGCCAGCACACUUUCGAUCUGGGAUCUGGCUGCACCAACUCCACGAAUAAAAGCUGAAUUGACUUCAUCAGCGCCCGCUUGCUAUGCCCUUGCCAUCAGUCCUGACGCUAAAGUCUGCUUCUCAUGUUGCAGUGAUGGCAACAUUGCUGUAUGGGAUUUGCAUAAUCAAACCCUGGUCAGGCAGUUCCAGGGCCACACCGAUGGGGCCAGUUGCAUUGACAUUUCAAACGAUGGGACUAAACUGUGGACUGGUGGCCUCGACAACACAGUCAGAUGCUGGGACCUGAGAGAGGGACGUCAGCUACAGCAGCAUGACUUCACAUCCCAGAUUUUCUCCCUGGGGUACUGCCCGACUGGGGAGUGGCUGGCUGUCGGAAUGGAAAGCAGCAACGUUGAGGUUUUACACGUCAACAAGCCAGACAAAUACCAGCUUCACCUCCAUGAGAGCUGUGUACUUUCACUCAAAUUUGCCUGUUGCGGUAAAUGGUUUGUAAGUACUGGAAAGGACAACCUCCUGAAUGCAUGGAGGACUCCAUAUGGAGCCAGUAUAUUUCAGUCAAAGGAAUCGUCCUCGGUGCUGAGCUGCGACAUUUCUGUGGACGACAAGUACAUUGUCACCGGCUCGGGUGACAAGAAGGCGACAGUCUAUGAAGUGAUUUACUGAACAGCAACCCCUCAGCCAGCAAGAAAUCUAAAGGGACACCCAGCUGUUAAUGAACAUUGUAUUUAACUUGGGACAAAGUUCAGGACAACAACAGCUACUGCCAAAGCAGACUGCAUUUGUACUGUUCAAGGCUGCAAUAUACUAUAGAGCAAAACCUUCAGAUGUUUAAGCAAAAGCAAAACAGGUGGGGCGUUUGUCUUGUUUAUACAACAUAGUGAAUCGUAAUUGUGAAAAUGUACAUACUUUUGGAAACAAAAUGGUUUUGUGUUGGCCUAUUUAGCCACAAAAUGAUCAUUCAUGGAUGAAGUCCUUUCUUUUAUACUGUCUUUACCUUCAGCAAGCAGGAACUCCUGCUGAAGAAAGCCUUGUACUUAAUAUUGAUUGACCACAUCCACCACUGUAUAGGGGACAAAUGCACUGCGUAGAACUACUUUGUGAUUUAAGCAACAGUCUAUAUGUGAAGUGUUGAAUGUUAUUGUCUGAGUAGCAUCUCUAAUUCUAGCAUUGGUUUCUUUUUCAUAAAACUCAUGCCACACACUUGUACAGGACACUGCUCUAUAAGGCAUUACCAAAGGGAUAAAAGUUGCUAUUUAA